CACCAAAAGAUAAAUUCAGUUUUAAUGUACGCUUAAAUUUGAUUUCCUCUCAACCAUUUGUGCAAUGUGGACAAUUCUUGGAUCUUUGCUACUCGACACGUUCGCUAACCGUUAAAGUUGAUCCAACAGGGCUUCUGCCAGGCGUUCAUACAGCUGUUAUACGUGCAUUCGAUACAUCAUGUGUUCAAAAGGGUUCAUUAUUCGAAAUUCCUGUAACAGUUGUCCAACCAUCUACCGUUGAUUGCCAAGAAACGCGUCUCUAUCAACCUGUGUCAAAAGGUGAUGGCAGCAUAGAAUUCCAGCCAAAUACAAUACAAAGAGACUUUAUUCUAGUGCCACCACAAGCAACAUGGGCAGUCUUACGUAUGCGCUCAACCGAUAAAAAUCGUGACAAGGAUGUUGGUAAAUUUUUUGUACACACCGUACAAUUGUUGCCCAAGUCAUCGUGUCGUGUUUUGGAAACUAUGAAGAUUUUGUCUGUCAAUUCAGAAAACGAAACCACAUUGGCAUUCAAGUGUCAGGAGAAUAACAUACUUGAGUUGUGCAUUGCAAAAUACUGGUCAAACUUUGGUAGCAGCCACAUCAAAUACAGUUUGGAAUUUCAUGGCAUUCAGGCAACAAACCCAAAUGCAUAUGUUAUGCUGGCAGCUCGUGGUGUCCAUAGAUUGGAAAUCUCCUCAUUGGUUAGCGAAGAACUACAACCGGCCAUACAAUUGAAAACAGCAGCAGUGGUCCUUAAACCAAACGAAGCUAAAAUAUCACCUUUAAGUUCGACACGUGACGUGAUACCCGAAGGCCGUCAAAUCUAUCAAAAUCUUCUUACCUACACCCUAAACGUGGCCAAACCCAUGGAGGUAGCUAUCUAUGCACCCAUCUUUAACUCUGUUCUCUAUGAGUCGGAGUAUGAAUCCCAGUUGUGGAUGAUUUUCGAUGCUAACAAGCAUAUGGUAGCAUGUGGUGAUGCCAACUCUCACACCUUUUAUACGAAAUUGGAUAAGGGCGAAUAUACGAUACGUCUGCAAAUACGCCACGAGAAACGUGACUUGCUGGAGAAAAUCAAUGAGGCCAAUAUGGUGGCACUAUUUAAGCUGCCCAACAGCUUGAAUCUUGAAGUUUAUGAUCAUUACAACCAAUCGGUGAUAAUGGGUCGUAAGUUCAAUUAUUGUACGGUUAAGCAGGAUUGUCCCAAAGUCUUGUACGUGUCACCUUUAUCGCAAGAGAAACUAACAAAAGCUGGUUUGCCCAGCAAUAGUGCCUGGUUGGGUGGCAGUAUUAUGUUGGCUAAAGAUGAAAUGGGACGCAAAGCUGAUGUGCAAGAGUUUACAUACGUUUUAAAUCCAGCUGAGACAGGCAAAAAGAAUGGUGGUGCUAAUGGUGGUGGUAGUAGUGGUUCUAACUCCAAUACUUCGUCCACUGCAGCUAAUGCUAAAACUAAAUCUACUGCAGUGGCUGCAGGUGGUGCUGCUGCUGGCGGUGGUGGUCCUUCGCCUGUACCCUCAAAUGCUGGUGAUGCCGGUCAGGGUUCACCCAAGAAAGCCAAGACAGCCGUAGAUGAAUAUGCUGAGGGUUUGCGUGAUUUCCAAUGUACAAUGUUAACUAAAUGUGAACUUGAAAAAGCUGAAAAAAUCUAUGAAGACAUAAUUGCUGCACAUCCCAAACAUUUGGCUGCUCAUUUACUGCUCAUACAAAACAUUGAAUCAUCAUCUGAAUUGAAGGCUCAAUAUCCGUUUACAUUUGCCAAGUCAUUAAAAGCAAACAAUAUUACGCCAGCAACAGGAACAACAACAGCAACAACUGAGGAUUUAUCAUCGUCAUCCUCAGCUUCAUCAUCGUCUGGUGCUACUGGGGGUGGCGGUGGCUGCGAUGCAGAGGAUAAACAAAAGGAGAAUAAACAAAAAUUGCGCAAUGCUCUCGAACGCAUUGUUCUGUUGGCGGACAAUGUCAUUAGGGAUACCGAUAAAGAUGCAUUGUUGGCAUACUAUGGCAUUAAAUGCGAUACUCGUCCUGAUGCCUCAAAGAUUAAAACCCAAAUGGACAAUCAGCGUAAAAAUCUUUUGGAGGCAUUGACCAAAAAGGGUAUUGCUGUUGCUAAAUUGUGUGUAUUGGAUAAAAACGUUAAAGAUCGUUUAGAGGAUAUUGAUAAUGUGUACACAGAAAUCAUUAAAUUUGUGGACGCCAGUGAUUCGAAG